AUGGCGACCGAUUUCAACGGGCCUAAGCUGGCUCUUCACCUACGACCCUGGCAGCUUCCACACCGCGCAGAUUUUGGUCUGCGUGGGACGUCGGAAUUUGAAGUGCAGCAUCAGCUGAUGCAGCUGAUAUGCCUAAAUGGCCUGCAAACCAACCCAGAUUGUCCUGGAUGUGAACGCGUUGUAGGCACAUGGCUUCAAAAGGAAUGGCUACAGCUUCCUCGUGAGGAGAUUGAGGCCUCUGACUUCAACGCACCACCCGAGCCUUUGGGACCAGAGAAGAUCUUCAUGGUCAAGGGCUGGAAUCGCUCAGUCUGCGGAUUGGGUGUGUUAUACGCAGCUUUCAAGAAUAAGGAGCUGUUGAAGGAAUCCGCUGCCACCUUCGCAACCGCAUAUGCACUUGGAAAGCAUGAAGCAGCCGCCACCAUGAACCUCAUGCGGCGCAUACCGAGCGACAUCAAGGAAGGAUUGACCUCCUUGGUACCACUCCAGAAGAUUAGUUGCCUCUUUGUGGCUUGCGUCGAUCAGUUCAAAUCCAUGGUUCCGACAGCUUUCAGUGAUGCUGCCCUCAUCGAGGUGGAGAAGCGGAACCUCGAAAAGGGAUCAAUGGAUGUGAAGUACUUCUCAGACCACUACGACAAAGGCAAGGCUGCAGUGGACAAGUUGACCGUCUUGAUUGCAGAUGCAACCUUGUGGCCAACGCGUGCGUUGUCAAUCGACGAAGCGGUCCAAGUGGCGCAGGGCGUGACCUCUGGGAACCCUAAAUCAGGUUCCUUUUGGUUCCUGCCACAAUGGCACAGCAGCGCGGUCAAGGUUGCAGUGCUGAAGAAUCGACGACUGCUAGAAGAUGAAGUGGUAGGGAAUCUUGGGUGUCUUUUAUGUCUUUCAUGUCUUUUAUAUCAAAUGAGGCUUGGCAGGGGUGGCUCCUGGCAUGACGGAAGUUCCAUGCCAUGGGCUCGCAGCAAGGCCUUGGCGGGAGCCAUCGACGAUGUGGAUCGGGCGAGGGUGAACGAGCUGAGCAACCCGGAGCCCGACAAGCCACUAGCGCCCCACUGGCGAGUGCAGCAGAGGGGUGCGCAAGCCUGCGUGGACAUCAUCAAGCAAGUGCUGACUGGAAUGCACACCCGCGAAGCCCUUCCCUUGCUGAUUGUCGACCUGCUGCCAUCAAGGUUUUCCGAAUGGUCCCAAGCAGCUUGGCAACUCCAGCGCGACUUCUUGAUCGCCACAUCCCCAGAGGACCGGGCCUGGGAUGUUCGCUUUCUGAGCAUCUUCCAUGAUGAUGACGCUAAAUAUGCGGAGUCCUGCCAGCAGCUCGUCUGUGGUCGGGCGAUGCAGCAGUGGUGGGACAUCUCAGAGGCUGCUGGACCGAAGGCUCGUGCUUCAGAGCCCUUCUCAGAGGGGAUCCCUGAACUGGAGUGCUUGACUGUGGUGGACAACGAGCUGAAGUUGGAAGCUUUUGCGCCGCUCGCCCGAGAACCCUCCGUUGAAGUCGCCUUCACCAAGUCGGGCAAUUUGUGGCUUGUGAACCGUGGGGUGGCAGCUGUCAACCUCACCCGUGGCGCAGAUGUGGAA